AUUGUUGGUUCAGUUCAGUUUGUCGUUGAUUUGCAACCUGAACAAUCGCUUUUCGAAAUUGAAAUACCCGAAUUGAAUACAUAAUGGCCCACAUCGCUUAUAUGGGAAUUACAUUUAUCAUCAUUUUACCGAUUCUGGCAGCCAAUGGCAACCCAACUAGGUCAAGCGUUCACAAGAAAGUGGGUGAUGAAUGCCAAUUCCUUAACUUUACCGAAAGUUACUGUGAAUUGGGCGAACGCUGCUCAACGUUGGAGACGUUCGUUAAUGAUGGGAUCAUUGCAUUGGAAGAAAUACCCACCUGCGGGUUUAUGGACCCUACAAGUUCAGAGAUGUUAUGCUGUCCCUCUCAGAGGUCCAUCUCAAGUUUUCCCCAAGCGCCCAAACAAAGCUUCAAUCAUCUGGCAUUCCUCUUAUAUUUAAAUCCUACUACGCUCGAUGAAUACGUGAUUCGCUGCACGGCGAUUGUCCUGUCGUCGACCAAAGUCCUGACGUCGAGCACAUGCGUGGAUCGCGAAAAUGAUGAACCCAGUAAAGUUGUGGUCGGAUUCAGUAAUGCAAGAAAUUUUAAUUUGUUCGUACAUGACAAAGAAAUUUUUGACAUUAAGGUUCGGGAAACUACUCAACUUUAUAACGAUAUAGCGCUGCUUGUUCUGAAUAGACAAAUUAAUUUGGAUCAAAUGCCAAAUGCGAGGUCGGCUACGCUUUGCAUUGAGGAGGAAGCGAAGGGAGCGUCAAAUCUCUAUGCCGUAGGCUUUGCUCAGGGUGUUGAUGGCAACAACUGCGAUUUGUUCACCACGCCGCUUGUCCUAUCUGACGACUGCAGCCUAGUGCAGGCCACUCGUCGAGUGGAAGGCUUUGAUAUACCCGGGAUGCAUCUGUGCGUAAAGCCCAUUUCAGGUGGCUCGCAUUCCAGACAGAUGGACAGCUGCUCCAAAUGCUUGACGGCCAGCAGCAGUGUUCUUCAUGUUCAGCGGACCGAUGGAAGCUUCUGUGUGGCAGGCAUUGCCACGCCCACCACGAACAAGUGCGUUGUGAAUAACAAUUCGAUUUAUUACACGAGCGUAGUGAAUUCCGAUGCCAGGAUGUUCCACGGCAAGUACGAGAAAUUCACGUAUAGACACAGGGAAAACGAUGGAUCAUUUGGUACUCCCUAGUCAAUCACCUUUGACUAUGGCAUUCUUGCUUGCUGAACUACUUCGAUUUCGAAACUGUUAAAAAUGUUAAGCACAUCAAAUAUAUAAUUAAAAAUAUAUAGCAUAUUACAUAAAGUAGUAUGUGAUAUACUACAACAAAUAACAUAUUA